AUGGGAAUUACUUCGUUUUCUGAGGAUAAAGUGGGCCCAACUGGCGUUCCGUCGACGGAAGGCACAGUACAGCAGCACGACGACCCACUCGCGUCCGACAAGGACCUCUUCAUCGACGAUGAUGGCUCCGGUCUAGAGAUCGACGAGAGUUCCGGAUCCGGCUGGGGACCCGGACCUGGUGUGGAUGACGAAGACAAUCGUAGUGGAUCAGGUGACGCAAUCAACGCGCCACCAGAUGAUGAAGACUUCCCAAUCUCAACUACUACUACGACUACAGAGCCGGGCUAUGCACCAGAAUCUCCGGAUUAUCCGUUCUAUCCGGAUGAACCUGAACCCGACCCGGUUCCGAAUGAACCCACUAUCCUGCCAGUAGACCAGUUCGAUGUAGUCAGUCCUCGAAUUUUAACUAAGACUGAGGGAGCACCGGACAGUGUCCCCGUAGAGCCAGCUCGUCCCGACCAGACUCCUGACAUAAGUAUAUCAGAAGAGGUACUACCCAUUGACCAAGAUAAGUCCGGCUCUAACAUAGAAUCGGAGACGCGGCCGGCGGAGAACUCCGUCAUCAUUAUGAACAACCCCGAAGACCGCGUCACAAGCUUCUUUGCGCAGCCUGGCAUACUUGCCGCUGUGAUAGGCGGAGCAGUCGUAGGACUGCUAUGUGCCAUACUAGUGGUCAUGUUCAUAGUAUACAGAAUGCGUAAAAAGGAUGAAGGCUCAUACGCCUUAGACGAACCCAAGAGAAGUCCCGCGGCCGCCUCCUACGGGAAAGGCCACAAUAAUCGCGAAUUCUACGCG